GAGUUUUUACAGUAAAAAAAAUUAUUUUGAUCCCCACAACGAGGAACAUUGUCCGUUCUUCGUUAAUAUUGAGGCUACAUUUUAAGCGAACAUAUGUUAAUUCGUUAUUAUCGAGGCUUCAUGUGCAAGAGUGUGGAGCUCAGUUGUAGAUGGACCCUUUGGAGGCACAGGUCAGCUACCUUAAUAGAUGGAAUUGGAUUCGUGUAUGGAAAUGUGGCAAGUGUCCAACAUGGUGGAACUGGAGGAUAUGUUUCCUCUUGUAAUUGGAAAUCAGAUGACAAGGUUCUCACUGUUAAGGGCCAAGGUGGUGCAUAUUUGUACCAGAUAGAAUUAAUUACAGAGAGUGGUGUUAGGUGUGGACCUUAUGGUGGUGGAGGUGGAAGUGCCUGGACUUCUAGCCGUCCUGGCUGUGUACUAAAGUACUUUUCAG